UUCUACCGCUUUUUAACCCGUGAAAUCAAAUGCGGCGUACAUACAUGACGCGGUAGGUCACAUAUAUUUGUAAAAUUUCAAUUUUUUUACAUUUUGAGAUAAUAUGGACGAUGAUUGCAACACAACGAUCAAAGAAACGUUCCAAGAGCCACGGAUAAGAUUCUGGCUGAGAUCAAGAAAACGACCAAAAAGCGAUGCAAUGAGUGUUAGCUCAAUGGAUAUAUCUAUGGAGUCUGAUACAGGAAAGAAGAAGAAGCGCCGCAGGAUUACAGAGGUUGCCAGUAGUAUAUUUUCCUCUUCCACAGCAGCCAGUAAACUGGGGAAUGCUUUACACAGAUCCUUCACAAUGCAGCCAAAUUCGUCAGAUUUAUCCAUCAUUGAAGAUGAAGGAGAUACUGGAACACUACGCAAGAAACUGAAUAAUGUUACCGCGAGUUGCAGCAACUUGACAGUCAGGAGUUGGAUACUGGAUGUUGCUCAGCCACUCAGUAAAGAAUGCUUGAACAAUAAAUUAAGUCGGAGUGAAGUCAAAAGACAAGAAGCAAUUUACGAAUUGUACUGUGGGGAGAAUGUACUGUUAAAUGAGCUCUAUGUAUUGAGGAACUUUUAUUAUGAACCAAUGUUAUCUAUUGAUAUUUUUACAUCUGAAGAAUUAUUCACGUUCUUCGGUGAUCUCACGAAUCUCAUUGAGAUACACAGUAACUUAAGAGAUGAAUUACUCAAAUUAAGAGACAGAUCGGGAUUCACAAAAAAUAUUGGUCCAACACUAUUGAAUUGGCUGCCAACAUUGAAGAAACCAUACUUGGAAAGAUGCAGGACAUUGAUUUGGGCGCGACAUUUAUUGGAUGAGAAGAGAUUUAGCAACAAAAGAUUUCAGUCAUUUCUAAAAAAACGUUUAGAAUCGCCACAUUCCGUUGACUUAUGGACUCACCUAGAUGUACCGCGUUCAAGAAUCGUGAAAUAUCCGCUGCUAGUGAAAGAAAUCUUAAAGCAUACUCCUGCUACUGAUACGGAUUACUUGCCACUGAAAGAAGCAAGCAACAUAUUGUCUAAUUUGCUGACAGAUAUCGAUUGCAUCAUGGGUGAUGCCGAGUGCAAGCUUGCUCAAUCAAAAAUAAACGCAAAAGUCGAAUACGAUUCCGAAAAGUGUGUCGCUAAUGCCACAGAAUUAAUUACAGAAGGUCAGCUUAAGGACACACGUGGAAUAAAAUAUCACUGCUUCCUUUUCGACACUUGUUUUGUGAUAACUCGCUCUACUCGGCGCGUUAACAAGAAGUACAACCUGGCCUUUCCUGUUAUACCCAAGAAACAGAUAUCCAUACAAGUGGAGGAUAAAAACACUACAGAGAUCGGUUUCAAGAUCGGAGAGUAUUCUUUCAUAACAGAAGACGGGCACAAGAAAAGACACUGGGUUGACUCCUUCAAUAAAUUGCGUUCUAAAGUGAGCAUCUCGGACAAAGUCUUCAACACUGAUGAUAAGGAAAAUUUGUUGAACAACACAGAGGUAUCAGAGUCAAAUAAUUAUGUCACAAGGACAUCAUCAAGGACAAUGUCCAGAAGAACUUCGACGAAUAGUAUAAACGACAAUCAUUUUUCCUUUUCCUUAAGGAAGAGUCUGCUUAAACAAAAGCGCAACAGUAUCGGUUACAUAUAGUAAAAGCUCGCUCGCAAUGUUUCUAAUAAAACUAAAAAUUCUUGAAUAAAUUAAAUCUCACAAAUCAAAAUUACAUUAAAUAAUGUAUCCACAUUAAAAUAAUUUCUGUUGUAUUAAUCUUAUAUAAUCUUUUUUCAAUUAAUUAAUAUUUUGUCAUUUCUUUCACGUAUAUGGAUAUGCACUAAUAAAAAUGUUUCUUAUCAAAGAAAUAUUCCUGUCGAUAUAUCAUGUUCAGAAAAAUACGACAAAAUAUUAAUUAAUUUGAUAAGAUCAUAAAUUGGUACAACAGAAAUUGUUUGUAUCCACAUUGUAAUUUUGAUUUGUGAGAUUUAAUUUAUUCAAAAAUUUUUAGUAAUAACUAGAAAUUUUUUUAAUGUUAAUAGCAAUAUUACAUUCCAGUGCGGCGGUAUAAAUUUAAAGAUUUAAUUUAUAGAUUUUUUUUAUACUUACAUAAAUGUAAAUAACAUCGAGCAGUUAUAAUUUGCGAUAACUUGCGAUAACUAAGAAGGAUUAACGGCUUAUACGUUCCAAAUUUUGGUUUCGGCUUUUUAGAAAUCUAAUUCACAUUGUUACUUUUCGGUAAUUAGUCUAUUGAAAAAAGAGCAGCGUACACUGUGUGUGUAUACAUGCUGAAUAAGCAUGGCUCGAAUAUAAUGUAAUAUAUGUGUACAAAAGUUAUUAUCAUCCGCUUAAAAAAAUAAUUUUUCAAGGAGUCGGUUUUCUAUAUUUAUAUUAUUCAUUGUACUCUUCAAUGUA